AUGACUCCGUUUUCAGAGCUCAAACAACGUUUAUUCUUACCGCAUUAUAUUGUGAACCUGCUUUUCUGUUUGCCGUUUUUCAUUGUUCGCUAUACACCUUUUUUGAGCUCACGGUACCUGGACCUUUCAUUGGAGCCACCUGUACUUAAAAUAUAUGGUGUUGUUCUCCUCUUGAUCCCAUUAAAAUAUCGGUCAUCGACCAGCGCCGAGGAAUUCCUUUCGAUACUGUUUCUGUAUGGAAAAAUUAUGAAUAUUACAUUGUUCUACCUGUAUGGUAGAACUGGGUUUAGCAUUUUUUAUGGGAUAGUGUGGGGUGUGUUAUUUUCAAUUCUGCCGCAGCCCAGUUAUCAGGGACCUUCAAAGAUAAUAGAGCUAUCUGGAGAUCAUUUAUAUGAAAUUGAGAGAAAUCAAUUCGAGACUUCUAAAAUUGUAGAAUUGGCAUCUUCAUCCGAACAAAUAAAUGACAAGAAAAAAAAUGCAAUUCAUGAUCAAUACUGGAUUGUGUUGUUUUACGCGAUGUGGAGUCCUGCGUGCAGGAAUUUCGAAGUGACACUCGCGAAAACAUCAUUAAAAUACGCGACAGAGAACAUACAUUUCGGAAAAAUUGAUCUAGAAAUAUUCUCGAAAAAGGAAUACGAGAAAAUUAAGAGCGAGACGUUGAAAAGCGCAAAGGCUACUUGGGAUCGGCUGGGGUGGGAUCGGAGCAUG